UUGAGUGUUGUCAGUCCUAAGUCUGCAUGUUCACAUAGUGACCCCAUGGAUUUUCCUUGACUACUCCAGUGUCUUCCAAUAUGCCUAAUAUGUGCCAGUUAUCAAAUCAACUUACUAUAAAUUAACACUUGUGUUAAUGGGUGGCAGGAGAUUUACAGAGGUGAAGGGCUGGUCAAGUCAAAGAAGAAGUUAAAGAAAAAUGAGAAAGCGUAAUUACUAUAGUUGGUGCUUGAUGGUGGGUAUGGAUGCAGUGGGCUGAAAGGCCAAUUCUCCUUCUAAAUGAUGCUCUUCCUGCUCCUGUAAUAGUUUGCCUUUGGAACUAGAUUCUUUUCUCCUCUGAUUUUGGCCUUUUGCACAUUUCCUUUCCUUUAUUUCUACUAAUAAUUAAGGCUUUCCCUGCCUCAAAUGUAUUUUUAAGAUCUAUAUAUCAUAAGGUCUCUUUCUUGCUAUUUUCUCCCCAUCUUUAAAAUUUACAUUUGUAAGCAACCUCUUAGUCACUUUACUUAAUCUCACCUCCAUAAUUCAGGUCCAUUGCUUUUAGCAAUUUUGCUUCUCCGUUCUCGGUAAAGUAUUAUGUUUUGUAACUUCAAAAAUUAAACUAAUUCAAAGGAAGACACGAGAGUCCAAAAUGUGAGCCUAACUUGAGUUUACUUCAAGCAAGGCAUGCAGUAUAUUGUGGUAACUCAAUGACAUAUGCAAUUCACGUAUUUAUGCAUCUAACCCAUAAUGAAUUAUUGAAAUGAACAAGAAUGCUUAAUCAACCAAGAUGUAUAUACAGUACAAAAUUACUCAAAUAUUACUGAACUAUUAAAUACACCACACUCCUUCCUGCUUAGCAAAAAACUCUAACUCAAUAGAGAAUGCUUCUCAACUAUACACACAGUAUCCUAUAUAAUACAACUACUAUAUACAGACAUCCAUAGCAUUGUAAAUUUUAAAUUGUCUUACUCAUGCCAGAAGAUUUAAUCACGGUGGAGAUUUUCUUACUCUUGUGAGAUAACGUCUUUCCUGACAAGAAGGUUCACGCUGCUUAGCAGGUGAGACUUAUGGCUGUGAAAACAAACUCAGUUUCUGGGGCCUCCUAUUGUAGGAGGUGUAGGAGUAGGUGUAGGUUGUAGGAGGUGACUCUGAGACUGCAGAAAGUGGUUUUGACAACUCUGGAGACCUUUCUACUCUUUACCCUUUCUUCUUUUAGUUUGUGCAUCUUGAUCUUGGGAAGGUGCAUUUAGUUCACUGGAGUAUUCUCUUAUUAAUCCUCUGUUGCUGCCUUUACGAUCCAAUCUCUCCUGUUGGUUUCCUCAUCCAUAAUGUCAUCUGAUGAAUCUUGUUUUCAUUUCUCCAUUGCCUCCUUUCUUUUUCACCUUCCACUCAUUCAGCUGGGCUUUGGUCUUUGCAUCUACUUUUACAAGCAGCUUUUUGUCUCCCACUUGAAGUUCAUGCAAUAACCUUAGUGCAUGCAGAGUAGAUUCUGGUUCUUUAUCCUCACAAAAGCUGAAUGGUUGCAACUUUCCUGAAGCUCCUUGAACUCUCUUCCAGCUUAAAAACAAGGCACAGUUCACAAGUAACUGCCUGAUUAAUGUAUCAGAAGCUUUCUCAGAUAUGUUGCCUACAAAAACUGUUGUACUGUUGGCCUGUGAGGUUGCAGCAGAAGCUAUUGAGAACACUUCUGGCCACUUUGUAGCUGCGUCCACCGCUACUAAAAAAUGUUUGUCCAUGAAUGGACUGACAAAAUCCACAUGAAUUCUCUGCCAGGGCAAUGCAGGCCAUUCCCAGGGAUGAAGAGACGCUCCUGGCAUCUUAUGGGUCUGCUGGCAUCCCCAACAGUGCAUCACAAACCACUUGAGCUGCUGAUCCAACCCAGGCCCCAGACACUUUCAUUUUAACCACGCCCAGAUGACUCAUAUGUGGGGGUGGAGUUUCAAGAUGACGAUGUAGACAUCUGCCUUUUAGGCGCUCUUCAUCUUUUCAACUAUAAUCACCCUUUAAUCAAACCUUUUCGUAUUUAAUCAUAUGGGUUGUUACUUACGAUUUACUUUUUUUUCUAAAACAAUAUUUGAUCUAAUCUUUCUAAACUUAAAAUGGCUACAGCUAAGAAAUCAUCUAAAGACCCUUUAUCUCUCGAUGCAAUUUCUAAUCUUCUGGAUACUAAACUUGCAAGUUUGGAAAGUAGAUUGGAAAGUAAAGCGGCAAAUUUGGAAAGUAAACUGGCAAGGUUGGAAAAUAAACUUACCACGAAAAUGUCUGAACUUGAAGGAGUUGUUAGAUCGCUUGAUACCAAGCUUCAAUCGCAGGCAUCGGAUAUUCAACGGCAUGAAGACAAGAUCGUGACUCUUGAGAAGUUAAUUUGUGAAAAAAUACAUACAAUUGAAACGUUGGAGAAGAAGGUACUGUCGACUACUAGAACAGUUGAUCAGUAUAAGUUUAAAAUUACAGAUCUUGAAAACCGAUCUCGCAGACAGAAUUUGCGAAUCAUCGGGCUUCCCGAGAAAGUUGAGUCCGGUGACUUAACUGAAUUUUUCUCUAACUUAUUAUGGGAAGUUUUCGGCGCUGAAGCUUUGCAGGCUAAACCUAUUAUCGAUCGUGCCCACAGAGUUUCGAGAUUUUCGGCUACGGGUGACAAGCCACGGGCUGUGAUUGUUCGUCUCCAUUAUCCUCGGGAGAAAGAGCUUUCAAUCCGAUUAGCUCGUCAGAAAGAUGUUACUGAUUGUAAAUACGAUUCUAUUGCCAUUUCGGAUCAUGCACCUUUGAAGUUAUCUAUCAAGAUUUCGGACUCUUCCAUUAAUACUAGAUCUUGGAGACUCAACGCUACUUUGCUUCAAGAUCCAGAAUUUAUUACCUUUAUGAAACAGCAAAUUGACAUAUUUUUUUCAACAAACUAUACCGAAGAAAUUGACAGAGGAAUACUUUGGGAUUCUUUUAAGGCCUUUAUUCAUGGACAAAUUAUCUCAUAUUCCGCUGGUAAAAGAAAACAAAGAUAUUUAGAUAUAGCUUUAUUAGUGGAUAAAAUUAAAUAA